CGUUCAGUGCCCUUCUCUCUUUCAAUUCUAAACCCAUCGCUCUCUUCAUGAUUAACCCUACACCACUCACCGAUCUCCUUCAUAAAGAAAUACUUGUUGCCUUGUAGAUCGCUUCCUACUAUGAAGUACUCCUUAGCAAAACAAAGACUGUAUGUAUCAAACGGUACAUCAUUAACAACUUUCUCCUUUCAGGUUUAUUAUCUUAAACGUAUCACCCAUGAACAGCAGCAGAUUAUCACCCCUUAUGUCCACGUAUAGCACAUUCUGCUUGAUAAAUGGCAAAAGCAAUUGCCCUGAGAUUACUCUCUUCACUAUCAGAGCAUUUGUAUGAACUGCGUUAGAGAAUGCAAGCAGGCAUACAUUCUUGUACCUGAGCACAUCAUUGAUGGAAACAUCUAUGGUGUACAAACUAAAGGAGAUGCUCCUUUCCUUUCUCACCCCGGUGUUACCGCUCACAAGAGUGACUCGAUCACCAUCAUCUGUUGGAAUGUUUUGGUCCGUGUUUCCUACAUUUCGUUCUUUCUGGUUACGAUGACAACCGCACACUUUCCGCCCUCCGAUUUGUUCUACACUGCCACCACAGCUAAUCUUGACCGUUAUUUCCUUCAUCCUCAUUAAAACCGGUUUGAUGCAUUCUCUCUCCACCCUGCGAUCCUCAUUUCCUGUGAACAGCACAUAAAUGCUAUUCUUUACGCUCGCGAUCUUAUUUUCGUAAUUUGUGAGCUGCGGUAUCAGAACAGGUGUUAUUCUACGUUUUGCUUUGUCCUGUUGUGCACCAACUGAUGGCUGAUUGCUUUUUACCGUGCUGUUAUUCUCCACCACACUACCUUUAGAUCCAGAUAUCCCAUCAUCUUUAUUCGCCGGUCAUAGUUUUCUUAUUGGCCGGAUCCGAAACACCGGUCUUUGAAUCAGCACAAACAUCCUGACUCAGCACCUUUCUUUUACCAAUCAUCAUCUCAUCCAACACGAUCUUCUCCAUUUCCACAUUCCGACACAUCUUCGGUCUUCCUCUCUUCCUUUCUACAUCGCUCCUGAUUGUAAAAUAUUCGCUAUCACACUUAACAUCGCUGCUUUCAUCUGCACUGUCUUUCGAACAACUCUUCAUUAUUGCACCCAUCCUCUGAUCAGUAAUUGAUAGCAGCUCCUUGCCUAUAUUUACAUCGGCUCUCUCUUCUUCCUUCACCUCUUCUAUUUGUUCUGUAUCGAAGGUCACCAUCAUCACUUCACCGCUGUAACUGCAGAACAAAACGUUUCGCUUGUACGUGGUUAUGUCAAGAAUUGGUGAGGCAGUUAAGUUUUUGAUGAGACACAAUGGUCAUAUAUAUGUGCCCUGCUUCAUUUUGUUCACUGUUGCCGUAUUCUUUGGCGACUCUUCCUUUGAACUGUUGUUCGGUGCUAAUACGCAUAAUCUUUUUGAUUUCUAUCCAGCAUUAGAACGGAUCGAUUCAACAUUGCGCCGCGAUAACAAGGAUGCAUUCUUUAAUACGUAUAUUUUGAACAAAACAAUAAGAUUUAUGUUUCUAUACAACAUUAGACAGGUAGUUGUCCUUUACAAUGCUUUUAUGCUUGACAACCCGGUAAAAUCUGACACCAUUCCGAUGUCUAAUGUAUGGAUAUUCGUGCAAGGUAGUGCGUGCUUGAUCAUAGAAUGCGUUUGUAAAGUUAUGAACUGGAAAAAUAUCUCACAAAAAACACCUUUAUGCUUGUUUUUUCCCAUGAAUGUGUAUUUUCUUACGGUAUAG